GCCAUCGCCGGCGAAAUCGGAAUGGACAAUGUGCUGGACAAUAUCGCCAAUUCGCUGUUCAAUGGACUGUUGCCAAGCGAUUGGCGCAAACUGGCGCCGGACACAUGCAAGCAGCUCGGCAGCUGGAUGGAACAUUUGCAGAAUCGUUCUACACAAUUCAAGUAUUGGGCCAUGUCAGGUGAACCGUUGGUGAUCUGGUUGUCUGGUCUACAUAUUCCGCAAAGUUAUCUAACCGCUUUGGUGCAGAUGGCAUGUCGUAAAAACGGUUGGCCGCUAGACAGAUCCACCUUAUAUACCUGCGUCACCAGCUACUUAGAUCCUGAUGAUGUGGAGGAGCGGCCAGCAACGGGCUGCUAUAUUCAAGGUCUGUUCCUGGAGGGCGCACGUUGGGACAUGGAUAUUAUGCAACUCGCACGCUCACAUCCUAAAAUAUUGGUGGAAGAACUUCCUAUUCUGUCUGUGGUGCCGAUAGAAGUGCACCGCCUCAAAUUACAG